AUGCUCGCUCCUUCAACAUUUUUUAAGAGAAUUCCCAAAUUGGUCAAUCUAAAAUCUUUCAUUUCUUCCGUAUCUUGCACUAAUACCAUCCAAAUUAACCCAGAAAUCAAUCAAAACACACCAAAUAUUACUGAUUUUGAUGCAAAUAUUCAAUCUCUGAGGAAUAAACUUUACCCCGAUAACUUAAUCAAAGUCUUGAAAAGCACCAGCGAUAUUAACUCUGCUGUUAAGAUAUUCAAAUGGGCUGCACUUCAAAGAAGGUUUAAUCACACUGCUGAUACUUAUUAUUGGAUUAUUUUCAAGCUGGGUAUGGCUGGAAAUGUUGAGGAAAUGGAGGGGUUUUGUCGAAGUAUGGUAAAAGAUAGGUGCUCAGGUGCAGAAGAUAUCCUUGUUUCAUUGGUUGAUGCAUUUGUUAGAAAUUACAGGCUUAAUGAAGCGAUGCGUGUUCUUGUUAAUAUGAAUUUGGCUGGUAUUAAGCUUUCAAUUGAUUUGUUUAAUUCUGUGCUGGGUGCUCUUGUGGAAGAGAAGAGAGGGUUUCAAGAUGUGGUUUUUGUUUAUAAGGAGAUGGUGAAAGCAGGAGUGGCUCCAAGUAUUGAUACUUUGAAUUACUUGCUGGAGGUUUUGUUUGAGACAGAGAGGGUUGAUUCUGCUUUGGAUCAAUACAGGAGAAUAAACAAGAAAGGUUGUAGUCCUAAUAGUAGGACUUUUGAGAUAGUAAUAGAAGGUCUCAUUGCCAAAAAUAGAAUUGAUGAUUCAGUUACCAUUUUGCAUGAGAUGCUGGAACUCGGAUGCCUGCUUGAACUGAGUUUUUAUAGAUCUGCAAUACCUUUGUUUUGUAGGGAAGAUAGACUGGAACUGGGGAUUAGGUUGUUUACAAAGAUGAAAGAUUCUAAUGUUACCCCGGAUUCUUUUAUUUAUGGAGCUUUGAUACAGUGUUUGUGCAAGCACCUUAGGUUGGAUGAGGCAGUAAACCUUCUUGAAGAGAUGAUGGAAAGUCAGUUAACACCUGAUGAUAAUGUUUUUGUGGAUGUUGUAAAUGGGUUUUGUAAAAUAAGAAAGAUAAAUAAGGCUAUUGAGCUCUUGGAAGAUAAACAUGUGCUCAUAACUUCUCCACACAAUGCAUUGCUCAGAUGCUGUUGUGAUGCUGAUAAAUUUUUCAUGGCUAAAGGUCUCCUCGAGAAGAUGUCUGAGAGAAGUAUUGAUGAUUCCGAUUCUUGGAACAUUCUUAUCAGAUGGCUUUGUGAGAAGGAGGGAGUGAUGAAAGCAUACGAACUUCUAGGUAGAAUGAUUAUAUCUUCUUUGACUCCUGACCGUGCCAUAUAUUCUGCUCUUGUUACUGGCAACUGUAGGUUAAGCAAGUAUGAAGUUGCUCUACAGCUAUUUCUUCAGCUUCAUGCCAAGUGCUGGAUUUUAGAUCCUGCUUCUUACUCUGCACUGAUUGAAGGACUAUGCAGGGGAGAAAAGUGUCUAGAGGCUGUGAAAGUGUUUUGCUACAUGUCUGAGAACAGAUGUCCUCUUCAGUCUUUUUCGUUUAAUAUGCUGAUUGAGGGUCUUUGUAGCAUGAGAAUGUUUAACGAAGCUGUCAGGCUACAAUUGUUGGCUUAUAAUUCUGGUACUUCUUGUGCCAAUGCUACAUACAAUUAUAUAAUGCUCGGAUUAUCUAAAUCAGACAAUGGAAAGCAUAUGCUAGCAUUUCUCUCACGAAUGUUGGUUCAGGGUAGCAAUCUUGAUAUGGAAACAUAUUGUGUUUUGAUACAGAGCAUGAUUGCACAGAAUCAAAUAAAGAAGUGUGCUAUGUUUCUCAAUAUGAUGGUUAAUGAGGGUUUUGUACCUGACUCAGACACAUUAUAUAAUCUACUGUCAUGUUUGGCCAAUCAUUCUAAGUUGUGUUUGAUUUCAGUUACUCUUGAUAAAAUUGUUUCUGACUCUGAAAUUCUAGAUUCGGCCAUGUAUAAUGUACUCAUUAAUGAUGCUAUGACCCAUGGGUUGCUGAUUGGUUCUGAUAAUACGGAGGAAAAAGGUGAUGGGACAUUGACAUAUGCUGAUCUUAGCAUCAAAGAUGAUGUGGCCUGGAACUUAAAGUUGACUAGAGGGAAUGAUUCCUGUAGAGGUAAGGGGAUGCCAACACAACAUAUGGAAGAAAAUGGAAUUGAGAAAAAUAGGCCCGAACCUAAUGGAGAUGAAGGAUCUGUGAAGCCAGAGAACAAGAGGAGAAAGAGGGCAUCCUCAAGCAGGAAUGCAAGUCAGAUGAACUCUGAACAGACAUCAUUUUUAGCUUGCACGAGUUGGUAA